UCAAUAGCGGAAGUAGUGUCGUUUGACAUCAACUCGCACUGACACGCAUACACCGGCCAGCUCGGCUUUUUAAUACUAUUAUUAUAUAUCCACACGUCGCCGGGUCGCACCCGCAGCCGGUGGCGCUAGUUUAUGAUCGGCCGUUUGUUCGGUAGCUUGUCGCAGAAGGUCCCGAGCUUGCUGUACCGGGUGUCGCUGGUGAUGAAGCCGCAGGUUGUGUUCGUGCUGGGCGGGCCUGGCGCCGGCAAAGGAACCCAGUGCUCCAAAAUCGUGGAGAGUUAUGGCUACACCCAUUUGUCAGCUGGGGAUUUACUCAGGGAAGAGCGAGCCAGAGAAGGGUCAGAGUUUGGACAGCUCAUUGCCAACUACAUCAAAGAGGGCAAAAUCGUCCCAGUGGAGAUCACCAUCAACUUACUCAGGAAGGCCAUGGAAGCGAUGAUGAAGGAAAAUGAGAAUAAGUUCCGGUUUCUCAUCGAUGGUUUCCCCCGAAACGAGGACAACCUUCAGGGGUGGAAUCGUGUCAUGGAUGGAAAAGCUGAUGUUAAAUUUGUGCUUUUCUUUGACUGCAGCAAUGAGGUUUGCAUCAACAGAUGUCUAGAAAGAGGAAAGAGCAGUGGACGCACAGAUGACAACAGGGAGAGCCUGGAGAAAAGAAUCCAAACCUACCUGCAGUCUACACGACCAAUCAUUGAGCUGUAUGAGAAACAAGGCAAGGUGCGCACUAUAGACGCUUCUCGUUCAGUGGAUGAGGUGUUCGCUGAUGUGAAAGCCAUCCUAGACAAAGAGGGUUGAGUUUCGCCAACUGCCAACGACAUUCAUUUAUCUUUUAUUUUUCUUUUUAUCAACUGCAUUUACACUAUAAUAAGUUUAUAUGUUCAUUCAUAUGACUUUUUACAUUUGGUUAAUUUUGACUUCGUGUCUUUUGUAAACGCUGUACUGUUUAUUUGUGAGUAUGUCAAAUGUGUAUGAAUGUGGAGGUAGCAAUGCCAAGCGGCUACUUGUGAUGAACUAGUUAUUAUUCAGAAGAGCUCACGGUUUAGUCUUUCCUCAUUGUCUGAGGCCUCAGCUUGGAGACCCACUUCUUUUGUCAAAGGCACUCGCAGCACUGAAAGUCUAAGAAAAACUGUACGUAUUACCAAUGUUUUCAGGGUCAUUGGUAGAAGCCAUCUCGCUUUUGAUAAAAAUGUUUGAUCUGAUGACAAGGAAGGAGUUAAGUCUGUACUGAACCGCAUAUAGCCUCUCUGCCAUCCAAAUAAAAUGAAUACACCAUC